AUGUCGAUGAGACAUGCGGAUGGGGAUCUGGGGAAUGGCGUCACCUCUGGAGGAGAGAUCGGGCAAGCAAAUCUGCUCUGCCUGUCAGAGCGUGCAGCUUGGUCAGGAAUCCCUGAUGUCCCUGGAGCUAUCCUAUGUUGGGAAGUUGAUCCGAGAGGAGAGCCGCAAUGCACAGCUGCCUUUACUCCCGAACCAGAUACUCCAAUUGAAGCUUGCACAGAUUUUUUCCACUUGGGUCACAAGGGACCCAUUACCGGUUUUUUUUGUAACACUAGUAGAAACGCUAAACUCGUGCUCAAUGCCGUUGGUACUUGUAUGACGCGGCGAUAUUCAGAUAAGACAAAUUUUGAUAUAAAUAUACGGAUUGUGGGUUCGAGUCCCGUCGGGGUCGAUAUUGUGUUUAAACCUAGAGAUCGACUCACUAGAAGUUAUAAAUCCGUCAGCGACACACACGUGUGUGGACUCCCGUAUACCAACUUGAAAGUAGAACCUGGAUGUACCAGUAAGAUCAAGAACAUGAAUUUUGAACUCCACUUAUCUCUGUUGUUUUGUGGGAGAGCUGCGAUAAAAUUAAGGCCAUACGCUCCGCCUGGAUCAUGGCUUCCUCUCAGCGAGAAAGGCCCGUUAUCCACGAAGGGCGGGUAA